AUGUUGCGAUCAACUCUUCUCCUCGCCCUUGCGGGCCUGACCGUCGCUACAGACAGUGUCUACUUCAGCGCCCAAAAAGCAAGCCAAAAGGGUCUCCCCUUACUUUCCGGCUUCAGUCCCCGUCCUCAAUUCCUCAGUAUGGCAGCGACAUGCGAAGCAGGCAUGAAACAAUGCGGCAAUACCUGCAUUGAAUCCAGUGGCCAAUGCUGCGACACGACAAAAGGAUCGUACUGCGAAGACGGCUACCGCUGUCAGGAUGAUGGGUGCUGUGAAGAUGGAAAGCUUUGCUCUGGUCCACCUACAAGAUGCACUGAUGGCAAGGAGAUGUGUGGAGGUUAUUGUAUUCCCAAGGGAAAGGUGUGCUGUCUUACGGGUUACUGUGAUGAAGGCGAGAAAUGCUCUUCGGGCGGAUGCUCUUCCGGAAGCUCGUCCAGUGGAAGCGGUGGUUCCUCUGGUGGCUCUUCUGGCGGUACAAAUUGCCAGAGCUAUGAGGAACCUUGUGGUGAUAAGUGUAUGCCAGAAGGCAUGGUAUGCUGCAAGACUGGAUACUGUCUGAGCGGACAGACAUGCACCUCCGAUGGAAAAUGUCAAUAUGGUUCUGGCUCUGGAAGCAGCUCUGGAGGUUCAUCUGGAGGUUCCUCCGAAGGCGGCUGUGACAGCUACCAAGAAGAGUGCGGUGAGGGAUGCAUGCCCAAGGGUAUGGUUUGCUGCGACACAGGAUACUGCUUGUCCGGUCAGGUCUGCUCCAGCGAUGGUACCUGCAGAUACGGUUCAAGCAGUGGAGGCAGUGGCGGCUCAAGCGACGACGACGACGAUUCAAAGUCUGCCACCCGCACCUUCGACACUCCUUCUUUCACCGCGCCUUCGAUCGAGCCUAUUCCUACCCUCGACGACGAUACUUUCCCUACAUUCAGUUCUCGCCCUCUUCCUACUGGGCCCAGAUCUGGCGGCGACGACGACGGCACCAGUAACAGCAACAGUGAUGGAGGCAGCAGCGGCUCGAUUGUCGUGCCUAGUAUCUUCAUGGGUGUUAUCGCCAUGAUUCCUCUCCUUCUUUAA